AUGAGCUUGGGAGGCAUCUGGCCGUGGGUGCUGGCUCUGCUCUCUGUACCGGGUUUCAUCCUAGGAGCACCCUCGGCCUCACGCUGCCCAGGAGGCUGUGGGACCAGAUUCUCAGAAGACCUCACCCCUGAGGGGACCCAGACGUCUUGGGACAAGGACAUCCCUGCGAUUAACCAAGGGCUCAUCCCAGAGGAAACCCCAGAAAGCAGCUUCCUCCUUGAGGGGGACAUCGUCCGGCCGGGUCCUUUCCGGCUGUUCUCGGCGACCAACAACAAGUGGCCCAAGAAUGGCGGUGUCGUGGAGGUCCCCUUCCUGCUCUCCAACAAGUACGAUACGCCCAGCCGCCAAGUCAUCCUGGGGGCGUUUGCCGAGUUUGAACGCUUCACAUGUAUCAGGUUUGUUGCCUAUGAGGGCCAGAGGGACUUCAUUUCCAUCGUCCCCAUGUCUGGGUGCUUCUCGAGCAUAGGGCGCAGUGGAGGGAUGCAGGUGGUCUCCCUGGGGCCCAGCUGUCUCCAGCGGGGCCCGGGCAUCGUCCUGCACGAGCUCAUGCACGUGCUGGGCUUCUGGCACGAGCAUUCACGGGCCGACCGGGAUCGCUACAUCCGUGUGAACUGGAAUGAGAUCCUCCCAGGCUUUGAAAUGAACUUCAUCAAAUCUCGGAGCAGCAAUAUGCUGGUGCCCUAUGACUACUCGUCAGUGAUGCACUAUGGGAGGCUCGCCUUCAGCCGGCGUGGGCUGCCCACCAUCACGCCGCUUUGGGCCCCCAGUGUCCACAUUGGCCAGCGAUGGAACCUGAGCGCCUCAGACAUCGCACGGGUCCUCAGACUUUAUGACUGCAGCCCGAGUGGCCAUGACCCCCGUGGGAAAGGGCUCCAGACCCACAGCAGUGGUAGGAGCCCCACUGCUGCGUCUAGACCAUACCUGCAGCAGCUUCUGAAGGCAUUGCUGGCGGAAUCCCGGAGUUCUGACCCCAGUGGCUUCGGGGCGGAAGGUCAGCGUGGUGCUGCUGGGCCUGAAGAGAGCUCACGCGUGUGGAAGUCCCCUGCCCUGAGGAAUUCUGGUGCGGAGGCCUCUGCGAAGCCACCUCAGGCCCCCCUAAGGUCAAGGCCUGGAGCAGUUGUUCCCGGCAUUGCCCUGGGGCAGUCCUGGCAGGCCCAAGGGCCCUCUGUACCCCUAGCCCCAUCUCUAGAAGCAGAAGACCAGCCAGCACCCAUCUAG